AUGGCUAAGGGCGCGAUAUCAAAGAAGAGGAAGGCUCCCUCCGUUCACUCGCGGGCCGCAAGACGUGCUACGUCUCCAAGUAUUGAUACGGACAAGUCCCUGAAGAACGUCAAACCUCCUGCCGAAUCAAUCGACCAUCGCCCUUCUGUGCUUGCCAUACAUCAGGGAGCGGGAGUUUCGAAAAAGACGACGAAGAGUAGGAACAUGAGCUCUAAAGCAAGAAGGAGGCAUGAGAAAGGACAGGAUCGUGCUGCAAACAUUAUGGAGAGGACGGAACGGAAAAUUGCCAAAAGCAAGGGCCAAGCCCGAACAAUUCAGACACGAAGGAAAGCCUGGGACGAGAUCAACAACCAAAUACCCGCAAACAAGAGUGAAUCUCAAGGAGAGGUGGACAAUGGAGAAGACGAACUAUCGGAAUUGGAUGAAGAGAUGGAUGAUGCACAGCUUGACAAAGCCCAUGAUGGCGCUACGUCGGCGGACAAGGUUCCUUUACAAGAAGUAGAAGAUGACGAUGAGAUCCUUUGA